GCGGGAGAGAGAGGACGUGUCGCCUUUUUCUCCCGCCAGACUUUGACGAACAAGUUAUUUUUUUGGUUCGUUAAAGAAAAUCAAAAGAAAACGGAAAGUAAAGAAUAAAAACAGUCGAAGGGAAAGCUUUUGGCAGAGGUGCGACGAUGACUUAGAGGAGAAGACUUGUUUUUGUGUUUUAUUUUGUGUUUUUAAGUGUUUUGUUAUUGUUAAAAAUUGAGAAAAAGAAUUGCGUGAAAAAUAUUAAGUGAAAGUAAGGAAAAAAGUGUGCGCUUAGCUUUUCUUUCACGAUAUAAAGAAAUAAAGAAAGAAAAGGAAAGAAAGUAAGAAAGAAAGAGACAUAAAGAAAGAAAGAAAAAAGGGAGGAAGGAAGAGAAGGAUAAUAAACGAAUAAACAAAUAAAUAAAUAUAUCAAAGAAGGAAAGUAAGAACAGACAAACAGACACACAAACAAACAAAAAUAAGUUUAACAAGUGAAAAUUAACACGGGGAAAAGAAGAAGAAAAUAAGAAACGAGGAAGAAAACAAAGGAGAGUAGCGAAGACAAUGAAGUUGAAUCCAAAACAAACAAGGUCUUGAUACUUUCCGCGUUUUUUUUUCUUUAUUUAUUUUUUUUACUUACUCCACGGAACUAACUUUUAAUGAUACACAAAAAUAAUUAAAGAGGAGAAAAAAAAAUAAAGAAAAAAACACACCAUCUUGUAAAAAAAGGAGCAAAUAUAAGAAAAAAUAACGAGGAGGAAUAGGCAAAAAUCUAAACCAGACCAAAAAAAUAAAGAAAAAAAAAACACCAUCUUGUAAAAAAAUAAGCAAAUAUAAAAAACAACAACGAGGAGGAAAAGGUGAAAAUCUAAACCAAACCAAAAAAUAAAGAAAAAAAACACACCAUCUUGUAAAAAAAAACGAGCAAAUAUAUAAAAAAAACAACAACAACGAGGGAAAAGGUGAAAAUCUAAACCAAACCAAAAAAUAAAGAAAAAAACACACCAUCUUGUAAAAUAAAAAGAGCAAAUAUUUGAAAAAAAACUACGAGGAGGAAAAGGAAAAAAUCUAAACCAAACCAAAAAAUAAAGAAAAAAAAACACCAUCUUGUAAAAAAAAAGCAAAUAUAAAAAAAAACUUCGAGGAGGAAAAGACAAAAAUCUAAACCAGACCAAAUAAUAAAGAAAAAACACACCAUCUUGUAAAAUAAAAAAGACCAAAUAUCAGAAAAAACCAACGAGGGGGAAAAGGUGAAAAACUAAACCAGACCAAAAAAUAAGAUAAAACGAAGAAAAACAAACAAAGCAAUUAAUAAAACCAAAAAAGAAAAAAAAAUCACAUUAAAACAGAGAAAGACGAAAAUAAAAGACAAACUAAGAAACAAACCAGCUAAUAAAACACAAAAAAAAAACAGAGAAAGACAAAGAACAAAACAGAAAAGCGAGGAAUAAGACAAAUAGAAAAGAAAAGACAAAAAAACACCAGAAAAAAAACAAAGUCGAAUAUACACAAAACCCCAAACUUUUAAGAGUAAGAGUCGGUAACAGGCAUUAAGACCUGUCAGCUUAAGGUCACCUGUGCGCAUCUGUCUCACCUGAGCUUCCUUAAUUAAGGGGCACGUCACCAUCUGUCUGUCCCUGGGUUCGAAAGUACAGAGGAAUGAAAAUAUAAGAGAAACAAAGAAAAAUAAUGGAAAAAAUAAUAAAGGAGAAAUAAUAUGGAGAAAUAGAGACGUAGAAACUAAAGAAUAAAGGGAAAGAGAAAUAAAGAGAUAAUAUAGAGAAAUAGAGAGAUAUAAAGUAAGAAGUAAGGAAAAUAAACCGGAGAUAAAGAUAAAUAAUAGAAAAAUAAUAGAGAAAUAAUAAAGAGAAUCAGAAAUAGCAGGAAAGGAAAGGAAAGAAAGUAAAAAAAGCAGAAAGGGAAAAGUAAAGAGAGGAAAAAAUAGAAAAAAACAAAAAAAGGGAAACUAAGCAUAAAGGAAGGAAAGAAAGGAAGAGAAAGGAAAAAAUAGCGAAAGACAAAAAACAAGAAAAGGAAAAAAUAGCGAAAGACAAAAAACAAGAAAAGGAAAAAAGAAAAAAAAAACAAUUGGUAAAAAAAGAAGGAAAACAAAACUAUUACUACUACUACUACUACUACUACUACUACUACUACUAUUACUACUACUACCACUGGAGGUCACAUCAAGGUCAUCGGAGGUCACGAGGUCAAGAUGAUCACCUGGCAAUUAACGACGUUGCUCUGGGCAGCAAUCGGGUUGAGACACACCACCAGGGCAUCGCCGAAUCUAGGAACCAUCACAGCCCCUCUUCACCCACCGCCCCCUUCCCUCCCAGCGCCCACCCCACCCCCCACAAGGCCUCCCGUCCCUCGUGAGCAGCUCUACGAGGCCGCGGAAGACAUGUGGGCGAAGGCGCUGGCUUUGAACACCCUGGCACCGGAGUUUCAGGGUCAGAACAACACGGAGAUUUUGGCGCAAGUUGGAGGCGAAGCGACGUUGAGUUGCUAUACGUAUCAUUUGUCGGAUGAACGGGUCGCGUGGCUCAAAAAGGACGAUGACCAGCUGCUAACAGUGGGCCAGGAGGUGUACGCGGCCGAGCAGAGGUUCUCAGUGGUGCACACGAAUCAUGACGAGGCGUGGGAGCUCUGGGUGAAGGACGUGGCCCUCUCGGACGCUGGUCAGUACGAAUGUCAGCUGACCACCAACCCAACCGUCUCCUUCUUCUUCACGCUCGUCGUCACCCAGGCCGAGGCGGUUGUGACAGGCCCGGGGGAGGUACACAUCGAGGAGGGGUCGCACCUGUCCCUCGAGUGCCAGGUGAAGAACGCUCCCGUGCCGCCUGUCUACAUCUUCUGGUACCAUAACAACACCAUGGUUAACUACGCCAGGCAGCAUCACCUCCAGGUUGACCAUCAGAACUACACCAGCACCUUAGUCGUGGCGAGGGUACGGAGAACCGAUGCCGGGACCUACUCCUGUCAGCCACACCUCGCAGCGCCCGCCAAUGUGACUGUCCACGUGGUAACAGGUGAGCGGCCGGCGGCGAUGCAACACGGGGACACUCACGAGGAGGGCAGCACGGUAACAAGCGGCCAGGUAGACACAGGUGCUCUCAAUCUACCUGUCCUUGUUACGAGUUCCGGCCUGGUUAUGUUGGUCUGGGGACAGGUUGCUGGGGUGGGUGGUAUGCGUUGAUUGUAUGUGUGUUUGUGUGUGUGUGUGUGUGUGUG